AUCGGCGAGCAUCCUCCUGGCCGGCCGGCGACGCGCCACUGCGGUCCCGCUUUCGGAGGCUGAGCCGGGGCGGAGGGGUCGGGGGCAAAGGUCGAGCCCUGCUUUCUCUGCCCCCCCCGCCCUUCUUUUUUUUUUCCCCCGCCGGCGGGGAGGGGGCGAGGACGAAGUUUGCCAGCCACCCGCGAGGGGGGGGGAAGGCAUCGCAUCCUCCCUCUCCUCCUCCUCCUCCUCCUCCUCCUCCUCCCCGCUGCCCUCCUUUCUUUCCUUCCUUCCUUCUUCCCUUCCUUCCUUCCUCCCUCCUCCCUUCUUUCUUUCUUUCUUCCUUCCUUCCCCCUCCCCGGCCCACGAUGCUGCCUCUGUGGCUCCUGGUCAGCUCGGGCUUGAUCGCCGCCAGCCGAGGGAAUCUCUCGCACGACCGAAGCCAGCCGGCGACCUCCGAUGAAGUCGUGGUGGCGGGUUCGAAAGUCAUCCUCUCCUGCAAAGUGGAGGAUCCAGAAGAUUCCUCGCUCCAGUGGUCCAAUCCUGCUCAGCAGACCCUCUACUUUGGAGAAAAACGAGCGUUGCGAGACCUUCGAAUCCAGCUGGAGAACUCGACGGCCAACGAGCUGAGCAUAAGCAUCGACAACACCACUCUGGCUGAUGAGGGAGAAUAUACCUGCACGAUAUUCACCCGGCCCGUACGGACUGCGAAAGCCAUGGUCACCGUCUUGGGAAUCCCACAGAAACCCCAAAUCUCUGGUUACUCAGGCCCUCUUAGGGAAGGAGACGUGGCUGCGUUGACAUGUGUCUCUUCUGGCAGUAAGCCAGCAGCUUAUCUCAGAUGGAAAAAGGGUGACAAACACUUGACAGGCCAGUCAUCGGACGUCUCCAAAGAUGCCAAUGGAAAAACCUUCACAGUCAGCAGCCACGUAGAAAUUACAGUCAGCAAAGAGGACGAUGGUGCAAACGUUACGUGCACAGUUGAUCACGCCUCUAUGCAGAUCUCUGGGAAAUCCGCUUUGCAGCGUCUCUCUGUCUUUUACAAACCAACGGCAAAAAUUGAGCCCAAACCGGAACACCCACAAGAAGGCGACAAUUUGGUGCUGCACUGCAGAGGAGAAGGGAAUCCGAUCCCCCAGGAUUACAAGUGGGAGAAGGACGGUGUCGACACCCCCUUGUUGGACGCUCAAGACAACAUCCUCUCCUUCCCCAACUUAAACAAAAGCGACAGUGGGACGUAUAUUUGCUAUGCUUCCAAUCUUAUGGGCAACUCCAUUGCAAGAUACACCCUCUCCGUCAGCGAUGCUAGUCCCAUGACACCGCAGAGGGACAGCUAUCACGCCAUCGUUGGGGGUGUCGUAGCCUUUGUCAUCUUCUUCCUCCUCAUCCUCCUCAUCGUUCUGGGACACUACUUGAUUCGGCACAAAGGUACCUACCUGACCCACGAGGCCAAAGGCUCCGACGACGCCCCAGAUGCCGACACGGCCAUUAUCAACGCAGAGGGAGGUCAACCAGGCGGGGACGACAAGAAGGAAUAUUUUAUCUAAGAGGGGAAGGGUGGGGCAUGGUGGCAGGGCAGCAGGGGGGAGGAAGAGGAGGAGGAGGAGGAGGAGGAGGAGGGGAAAAAAGGAAGAAGUUGCAGUGGCCAGUUGGACCCCCGACCUCAACCAUCGGAUGACAACGGAACCCACCCACCCACUAUGUCUAUGGCAUUUCUCUCGUGCCCGGGAAGGAAUUUGGACGGAAAGAACAGAAGGACAGUAGAAAGGCAGGGCCGAGAUUAACCACAGAUGGAGAAGGAGAGAAAGAGAGAGGAAGAAGGGGGCAUAAAAACAUCCGCUGGCUCAUGAUGCUUCUUGAACUUGUAUAAAACAUUGCAACCACAUGGGAGGGGGGGGAAACUCCCCCCCCCCAAUAUAUGAACAUUGGGAAUCCUUGGAAACCAACAAAAGACCCCCCUCAGCUUUUCCUGCUUGCUUGUAUCUACAUACCUGCGGCUGCCAAGCUCACACUAAACACACAGAGCUGAAGAGUGAGUGAUGAUGCUACCUUCCUUCCCUUUCUCCUUCCUUCCUUCCUCCCACUUCCUCCCUUCCUGCUUCCCUCCCUCCCUCCCUCCCAUUUC